AUGGCCAAGAUUGCUGAGGGUGGGAGGGCAAAGAAGGGCAGCAUGAAACGAACCGGAUUAUCUCACUAUCCGAUAUGGCCGUCACGUGGCAUCCGAAGCAAGCCCGCUAAGCCGUUUCUGGGCUGGUCGAUUCUGGUCUUGUCUGGCGCUAUCUCAAACCCGUUCGUCAACAUUCUUUUGGGGAUCGGAGACCCUCGAGGAGACGCAACAAACGGCCAGCAACGACUACCAACGACAACCAACGACAGGAGGCUACGGUGA